UGUGGUGAUGUAUAAAGCAUACUGGCAUACUUUUCUUCAUCAGUAGCCCACAGCUUUUCACCAGUCUUCCUCCGGUCUCCUCAGAUCUCUACAAAUCAGCUUUGCUAUCAUCAUGUCGAACCUCCAGAUGGCUUUAUGCAACCUCAUUGCCACCUUUGAUCAAUACGCCAAGAAGGAUGGGGACAACAAAAGCCUGACUAAGGCAGAGGUGAAAGAUCUGCUCAAGAGUGAAUUGGGAGAGCUGCUGGGGAAAGCCAAUGACCAGGCAGCAAUGGACAGCGUCUUCACGGCAAUGGACAUAAACCAGGACGAAACUGUGAACUUUGAAGAGUUUAUCAUCAUGUUUGCAGGUCUUGCUACGGUCUUACACAACACUGUCACCAGUUCAUAGGGAUCCAAGCGUCACCUUGGGGCCAGCAUCGAGAGGCACCUCCCCGUGAAAGAGAUCUCAUGAUAGCUGUUUUGAAGAAGAAAUAAAUAUUUACUACUAUUCACUAACAUUAAGACAUGAAACAUGAUCUCACACAAUGAAAUAAACUUUCUUCAAAACA